CCUGAACUUUAACCUCGAAGGAGAUUCCGUCCUCCACUUCCUGUAUACGCUGUACGGCGAAUCAGGGUCGGGCGACGGUGAGAUAGGGUAUAGGAGGUGAGAAGAAUAUCGAAUUGGAAACUCAGGCUGUCAUAUAAACACUUAAUUAGUUGGAAUCAUGAGCUGGAUUCCUUUCAAGAAUAACAAUCCGAAAAAACAAAUAAUUUCUAAGACGGUGGAAAGAGACUUUGAACGAGAGUAUGAAAAGCUUCAAAAAAUAGAAGAUCAAACAAAAAAACUUCAUAAGGACAUGAAGAAAAGCACAGAGGCUGAUACAGCUAUGUCAAAAGCAGCAGUGAAAAUAUCUUCUGACCUGCUAUCCAACCCACUGUGUGAGCAAGACCCUCAAUUCUUGAAGUCUAUGACAGCUCUGGACACAGCCAUGCGCAGAAUGGAUGCCUUUAAUCAAGAAAAGGUUAACCAGAUACAGAAAACGGUCAUUGAGCCUCUCAAAAAAUUUAGCAGCGUGUUUCCAAGCCUCAACAUGGCAGUAAAGAGGAGAGAGCAGACACUGCAGGACUAUAAGCGGCUACAGUCGAAGGUGGAAAAGUAUGAGGAAAAGGAGAAGACGGGACCCACCAUGGUUAAGCUGCACCAGGCACGUGAAGAGUUGAGGCCCGUGCGUGAAGAUUUUGAAGCAAAGAAUAAGCAGCUUUUAGAGGAAAUGCCAAAAUUCUAUCAUAGCCGCAUUGAUUACUUUCAGCCCAGCUUUGAGGCUCUUAUCAGGGCUCAGGUGGCUUAUUUCACAGAAAUGCACAAGAUUUUUGGGGAGCUAACAGAGCAGAUUGACCAACCAGGACUCACGGAUGAACAGCGGGAGCGGGACAACGAAGCCAGGCUGAGCGAGUUGAAGGCUCUGUCAAUAGUGGCUGAUGACUGAGGACAGGUCAGCCUUGAAGUGGGCUUAAAAUCUGAGAAAGUGACCUUGAUAGCUUGAGACUCUGACUGGCCUGUAUCUGCUUCUUUUGGGACUAAUGUCACAAGAUACCCCAAUGCAGUUCUUUGCUGCUUGUUUCUGAGGACUGGUUUGCAGGGAUAUCUGAAUACAGGGAAGAGACGGGUGCCUACUGACUGAACUUUUAUUUAUUUUCUUUUUCCAUAUCCUUUCAAAUGUUCAUUUUCAAAGUAAAAAUUUUAAAUGUAACCACAGCACAAAGCAAAACCAGAUCUAAAAGCUGGGCUACAGCAUCCCCUUGUGUCUGCAGAGGGAUUGACAGCUGAUUAAUAUUUCAUGGAAAUGCUUGAUCUUGAAAAUUAAAUGUCAGGACAGAAGGCUGAUUUUAGACAUCCAGCAAUUAAGCUUAUCAUGCAUUUUUAAACAGUUAUCUCCGUUUGUUUAAGGGCAUUUUUGAUGGCCAAAGUUGUAAUUUUCUAGCCAGUAAAAUUAUGCCAAGUUACCAUCAGAGGAGCUUGUAAAAGCAUGUCAGAGAAAUAUAAUCUUGUAGCCUUUUAUUCUUUUGUAUAUUUGUGCAUAUAUAUAUAUAUAUAUAUAUAUAUAUAUAUAUAUAUAUAUAUAUAUAUAUAUAUAUAUGUAUAUAUAUGUAUAUAACAGAUUCUCCAUGAAGCCUGCCAUUUCUGUUUCUUUGUUGUUUUCCCAUUUUGAAGGCUGUGGGCUUUGGCUUUCUUUUUAAUUCAGUUGUCCGUGCACUAUGUGGUGACACAGGACCACUAAGGCCCGGGACCAUAGCUGUGUGUUCUACUAAAAGGCCAACCUGCCACCUGAAACCAGGGGUCUGCUUUGUCUCAGCUUGGCUCAUAGAUGAAUUUUCCUCCACAGCUUUUCAGAUAAAACAGUUGGGAUAUUUUGUAUUUUUUAGAAGAUAUGUUUUGUUUUUUUAUUUUUUAAUCUUUUAAUCAGAUGUUCUAUCUUUUAAAUGUACAGCUUAUCUGCAUUUAUGUAUAUAUAUAAAAAUAUAUGUGUGAGGGCAAACUGUACAGAAAGUAAGGGCUGUCACCAAUUAAAAAAAUCAUUGAAGUAGUUUGAUCUGUGCAAUCAUUAAUUUGGGAAGUUAGUUUGGUGACUGUUGUGUUGAUUUGAGGAUGUAUUUACUUAUAAACUACAUGUUUUGAAACA